AAACACAUCGACCCCCCCACCCCACACCCUGAUGUGUCUCCUCCGGGCUCUCAGCAACGAUCUACAGGAGGGAUAAGAUGGAAAAACACCCCCCUGGAUCCAGGUUGUCAAGGGUGGUCAUUCUACAUGAAUACAUUGGGAGCAGAGUGUAUGAGGUUGCUCCUUCCGCUGCAAUCCAUGAUAUCAAGGAGUUGAUCUACACAGAAACAGAUUUCCCUGUUGCUGAACAGCGGCUUCUCUACAAUGGGAAAGAGUUGUACAACUCCAAUCAAAUUGCAAGCCUGGUACGAUCCGGAAAUCAUGAGAUUAAUUUGACACUGCAGGGAAGAGGCUUACGAGGAGGAGGCAGGUUUGGACAAACUACACCACCGCUCGUAGAUUUCCUUAAGGAUAUUCUGAGACGGUAUCCCGAAGGAGGACAGAUUCUGAAGGAGGUGAUCCAGAAUGCAGAGGAUGCUGGAGCAACUGAGGUCAAGUUCUUGUAUGAUGAGACUGAAUAUGGAACAGACUCGCUCUGGUCAAGACCGCUGGCGGACUAUCAAGGGCCAGCUCUGUAUUCGUACAACAAUGCAGUAUUCACCUCAGAGGACUGGAAUGGAAUUCAGGAAAUAGCAAGAAGCAGAAAAAGAGAUGAUCCCCUGAAAGUUGGUCGAUUUGGAAUUGGGUUCAAUUCUGUUUAUCACGUGACUGAUGUUCCAUGCAUAUUCAGUGGGGAUCAGAUUGGAAUACUGGAUCCUCAUCAGUCACUCUUUGGCACCCAGGAAUCUGGUCAGUGUUGGAACCUGAAGACAGAGCAAGAAGAGAUCCAUGAGUACCCAGACCAAUUUGCACCGUACAUCGGGAUCUUUGAAAGCACCAAAGAGACCUUCAAAGAUGGCUACUUCCCUGGCACAAUAUUCAGGUUCCCUCUACGGAAGAAGCCGUCCCAUCUGAGCAGCAACCUGUACAGCAAAGACAAAGUCCUUGAGUUGUUUGAGUCCUUCAAAGCAGAUGCCAGUUCCCUUCUGCUUUUCCUGAAGAACGUACAGAGUGUGUCACUUUACACCCGGGAAUCCAAUGGCAGCGAGAAAAUGCUAUUCAGGGUGAUCGCCUCGGAGGGUAAAGAGCUGAAGCAUGAACGCCCAAACUCCUUGAAGAUCCUAAGAACGGCUGCCGAUCGUUACUGUAGAAAUAUUCCUAACAACAGUGUGACCUGCGUGACAUACCAUGUGAACAUAGCUGCUGAGGAUGCGGCGUCAAAAGAGACUGACGAGAUGUCUUGGUUGGUUUGCAACAGUGUGGGAGGCCGGGGGAUGUGCAACGAACUGGACUGUUUGGCUGAGGACCUAAAGUACAUUCCCAGCAUUGGCAUUGCCAUGCCUCUCCUGGGCAGUGACGAGGAGAAAGGAGCUGUGUCUGAGUUCACGGGCAGAGCAUUCUGCUUUUUACCUCUACCUCCUGGUGAAGAAAGCAAGACUGGCCUGCCAGUGCACAUCAGCGGCUUCUUUGGGCUAACCGAUAACCGAAGGAGCAUAAAGUGGAGGGAAGUGGACCAAUGGAGAGACCCAGCCGCUCUGUGGAAUGAACUCCUCAUUACCAACGUUGUUCCAAAAACCUACUCCACACUUGUCCUGGAAGCUGUGAAGCGAAUGCAGGCUGAACAGGGACAGGACAUCCCGUUGACUCCUGAGGCCAUCUACAGAGUCUGGCCUGAUGCUAGCAAGGUCAGAGUGCAUUGGAAGCCUAUUUUGGAGCCUCUCUUUAAGGAGCUGAUUCAGAACCCAGUCAUCUAUUCCAUGGGUGACCGCUGGCUGAAGGUGGACUCCGUUUACUUCUGUGAAAUGGAUGAGGGCAAAGAUUACACCAAGGCUGUGCUCAACUUCCUCAAUAGGUCAGGAAUGCAGAUUGGUCAAGUACCUGCCAAUGUCUCUAGUGCCGUGCAAGCCUACGGCUCCGAGACGAAGCCCAUAAAGAAGGUGACCCCUGCUGUGGUACGGCAGGUUAUUAAGAAAUUCAGGCACCGAGAAAGCGCGGAGGAAAAGCUUCACCUGCUGGAGUAUGUGCUGAGUGAUCAGAACUUCGGGGAGUUGAUUGGGCUCGAGCUCCUUCCGCUGCAGAAUGGGAACUUCAUAUCCUUUGACUCCUCCACAGCAGACAAGGAUAUUGUUUACAUCAACACGCACGAUCACCCCAGAUCCCUUUUCCCAGGACUGGAUGGAAGGUUUGUGGCUGAGGAUCUGAAGCCAUCUGUCUUGUCUACACUGAAGGAAGCUGCUAAAAGCCGAGGGCGGCUCUGCACACAACUGCAGCUCAUGACUCGUGAGCGCGCUGCUCGUCUGAUUAAAGAAUUGACGAACAUUUGCUGGCCUGGUAGAGAGAUGUCUGUCCAAUGGUAUCCAGGCCACCCAGAGAGGAGACACCCACCUAUUUCAUGGCUGCCUACAGUAUGGAGAUACCUGUACCACAACUUCUCUGAAGAUCUCACUCCAUUUGAGGAAUUGCCACUGAUACCAAAGAAGCCUUUGGAUGAAAUGCAGAGAACAGUCGAGCUUUUACGUGUCCGAUCUCCAUCUCCCAUCAUACUAGAAUUUGAGAAUGAAUCCCAGCUUCCUGAACUGCUACCAGAGAUCAUUGAGAAACUGGGUGGAGUUGCCAUUAAGCAACUAGACCCGUGCUUGCAGCACCCUCUUCUGAAAAAGUACAUUCACUCUCCUCUGCCAAGCACCGUGUUGCAGAUCAUGGAUAAGGCAACACCGCAAAAGAUCUGCAGUCAGGUGGUGUCGCUACCUCCAAAACACAAGGGGGCAUUGAGAAGCUUCUUGGCUAGUUUACCAGAAGCAUUUGAGCGAGACAAAAAACUUCUUCAGGAACUGAUGAUCUUUAAUAAGGUUGAACCGACUUUGGAGAAAAGAUGUCGGAGUUUUACUGCAUUAAAAGGAAGUAAAGUCUUGCAUCACACCGCAAAGCUGCCUCCAGAUGUGCGUCUCUCCGUGCCAGUGAUAAACUGCAGCGACGAGGCUUCGAUUCGACUGGUUACCAUGCUGAAAAUGGAACAGUUAAAAAGUACAGACUGCCUGAAGAUCAUACUGCAAGACAUUGGAAAAGGUUUCUACUCUAGUAAGGAAGUUAUAGAUAUUAUGAUUUGGGUUCUCACCAAUUUAUCUUUCCUUAGAGAUGAAAACGCAUCUGUGAUCGAAUGGCUGAAGAGCUUGAAAUUCAUUCUUACUUUUCUGGGAAGAUUAGUGUCAGCCAGUGAAUUGUUUGAUCCCGAAGUGGAAACACUACAGGAUUUGUUUUACGCUGAUGAAAAGAUUUUCUUUCCGCCAGAUGUGUUCACGUCGGCUCCAGACGCCCUGCAUGCACUGAGACAAAUAGGCUUGAAGGGUGAGGAUCAGCUAAGCGAGAAAGAUAUUGUGCAAGUGGCCAAGAGAAUUGAAGAACUGCAGAGCAGUGGGAAAGUGAAGCAAGACAUAGUUAUAAGAAAAAGUAAAAUGUUACUAACGGUUCUUCACAGACAAAACAAAUUAGUAAUAUCAACCGAAACGAAGGCGGCUUUGCAGAAGUUAAAAUGGGUUCCCGUUUGCAAGGUGCGACCUUUGAAUUAUCCUCAAUCCCUUGCUUGGAAGGGAGACUCGCUAAACUUGCACAAACCGUGUGAAAUGCGAGAUGUAUCUGAUGCCGUAUUGGUGGGCUCUGCAGUAACUCUCGUGGAGAACGUCUCGUUACAAGUUCGGAAAUUAUUGGGGUUUUCCGCUGAGCCCAGUUUGAAGAGCGUUCUAGAGCACUUGAAGAAUGUUGUGGAUUGGCAUAUUUCCAAGGCUUUCAACAAAGACGAGUGGUACCAGUUUCAACAUUUCCUACUUGAAAUCUAUGACUACAUGCAGAGGCAUCUGGAGAAGGACAGAGACCUGUUCAAAUCCUUGACAUUUCCCUGGGUAUGGACGGGGAAGGUCUUUUCUGUGCCCAUACAAGUGGUAAUCAUGCCAAUAGAAGAUCUUGACUUAGAGCCUUACUUGUACACUCUUCCAAUAACCAUGUCAAAGUACCGCAAGCUGUUUACCUUCUUCGGAGCAAUAGAACAAGUAAACGCCGAACACACGUUUAGUAUUAUCAAUAGCAUCAAACAGAAGAGUGAUGGCAAAAUCAGUGAACACGAAAGUAAGCAAAACUUACUUCUGCUACUGAAUAUCUUAAGAUGGCUGCACAGCAAUCAGAUUAAAGUUAGCCUUGACACCCCGAUACCCAUUCAUUGCAGUAGAGAUCCCGGCAGGUUAGUGAUGGAGCCGAUUAAUAAGUGCAGCUACUGUGACAUCAAAGUGGACGACUUGAGCGACUUGCUUGAUGAUUCCUUAGAGCCCAUCAACCUGGUCCACGAGGACAUCCCUAUGAAGAUGGCUCAAGCUCUACAAGUGCCAUGUCUUAGCACCAGGCUCAUUAACCCAGAGAAUCUGGGCUUUGAGCAGUCGGGCCAAAGGGAGCCGCUCACAGUACGAAUCCGAAAUAUUCUCGAGGAAUAUCCGUCGGUUUCGGACAUCUUUAAGGAGCUGCUGCAGAAUGCUGACGAUGCUGGGGGAACCGAGUGCAGCUUCCUGAUCGACAUGCGGAGGAACAUGGAUAUUCGGGAAAACCUUCUGGAUCCUGGGAUGUCGGUGUGCCAUGGCCCUGCUCUCUGGUCAUUCAAUGACUCCGGCUUUGCAGACACCGACUUUGUCAACAUAACUAGGCUCGGAGGAUCGGUCAAGAGGAGCGAGGUUGACAAGGUCGGGAAAUUUGGGCUGGGUUUCAACUCCGUCUACCACAUCACCGACAUUCCCAUCAUUCUGAGCCGAGAGUUCAUGAUCAUGUUCGAUCCCAACAUCAGCCAUUUAGAAAAACACAUCCGUGACAAAUCGAAUCCCGGAAUAAAGAUCAACUGGAACAAACACCAGAAGAGGUUGAGGAAGUUCCCCAAUCAAUUCAGGCCAUUUGUAAACGUUUUUAACUGUAAUUUACCGCUCACGGUCGAGAUGCCUUUUAGCUACUCAGGAACUCUGUUCAGACUUCCCUUCAGAACAGACGAAGAGGCAGCCAUCAGUGAAAUCAGCAGUGUUUCUUACAGCACAGCGGAUAUUUAUUCUCUUGUGGAUGAGUUUAGCUUGUGUGGGCACAGGCUGAUCCUGUUCUCUCAGAAUGUGAACACAAUGUACCUAAAAUACUUAAAGUUGGAUGAGCCUGAUCCCAGCUUAGCUCAGAACACCAUUGCUAUCAAGAAAAUGCUUUGCUCCUCAAAGGUCGUGACUACACCCAUGAACAUCUUGAAGGAGGCCGCAAAACUGAUGAAGACACUCACGAGCACAAGGCAGCUUCCCUCGGAAGCCCCUCGAUGUGCCUGUAUAGUGCAGAUUGUGGUAGAGGAAUUCCUAGAGGUGUUCAGGCGAUUUGUGGAUCUUCAGUCUCCGCUGUUCAAAGGUCCGGAGGAUGAGCCGACCCCUUUCUUUGAGGAUUUUGCCAAAUUGCCUCAGACCAUGAACGUGGACGAAGAGUUAGGACAAAAGCUGACUGAAUCUAGCACUUGGCUUAUAUGCUCGUGCAUGGACACUGGCGAAGCACUUAAACUUUCACUGCUAGAAAGUGGGCAGAGAUUAGGGCUCGUCCCCUGUGGCGCCAUUAGUGUAUUGCUCUCGGAAUUGGAAGACAACAAAUGGACCAUAAUGACAAAUAAUAGUGCUUACGGAGAGGUCUUCUGCUAUUUGCCUUUGAGGAUCAAAACUGGAUUACCCGUGCAUAUCAAUGGCUGCUUUGCAGUUUCAUCCAACCGGAAGGAGAUCUGGAAAACGGACACGAAAGGCAGGUGGAACACAGUGUUCAUGAGACACGUGAUUGUGCAGGCGUAUUUGGAAGCUCUCAUGGUGUUGCGAGACAUGGUUGUUAACGAAGAGCUUGUUGAUUACAUCUAUUACUCUGUCUGGCCUGACCCCACCCUGGUUCACGAUGACUUUGCCGUGAUAUGGCAAGGUCUGUACGAGGACAUCGCAAAAGGAAGAGGGAGUGAUCUGGCCGAGGUGUUUUCAGAUGGAACGUCAUGGGUUUCCAUCAAAAACAUCCGAUUUCUAGAUGAUGCUUUGCUGAAGAGGCCAGUAGUUGGACCAGUGGCUUUCAAGAUCCUCUUGCAGUACCUCAAAAAAGCUGAUCCACUGCCCUUGUGUGCCGUUCAGCUCCCUUCCUGGGUCAAAUCAGGGUUUGAAGAUGCAGGGUGUAAGCAUAUACUGCAGCAGAACACUUUCUAUGAGAAGCAGUUUUUCACUGAGGUCUUCUUUCCCUACAUUGAAGAGGUUGAAGCUGAACUUCGCGACCCGCUGAUGCUUUAUGUGCUUGAUGAAAAGGUGUUGGAACUUUCCGGAUUUCUGCGUGUUACCCACUGCGUGCCGUCCUCAGGAGAGCACCAUCAGUUGGCUCUGCCAUCGAGGCUCAUCCACCCAGAGGGCCGGGUUGCCAAGCUGUACGAGGUGAGUGAUGGACGGUUCCCCUAUGGGACGAUGCAGGAUUACCUGAACCCAGUGCGUUUGGUGAAGCUCCUACAGCUCGGUAUGAUUAAGGAUGAUAUUUCGUGGGAGGAUUUACUGGAGCGUGCAGACUCGGUGAAGGAGCUCAGUAAAAGUGAUCACGCAUCAGCCUGCCUCCGAAGCAGCAUUAUACUGAGUCUGAUCGAUGAGAAACUCAAGUUUAGGGACCACAGAACCAAGGAUUUUGCCGAAAAGUUUCAGUCUAUAUCUUUUCUGCCAUUUCUCAAAAAGCCACCAGGAUUUUGCUUGCCUUGGAAUGGAAGCGAAUAUCCACCUGAAACCAUGUUUCCGUCCAAGGAGGUUUUUUCAGUUGAAUACCAGGAUGUAGUUUGCCUUCUGCAUCCAAUUCUAAAUGAAAACCCUCCUACUAAAGGAUGCGGAGCCUUGCCUGUAGCUGUUAAAGAUUUCUUGGGCUUAUUAAAGAAACCGCCCGUUCUUCUGGUGUUAAAUCAACUGAAGAAAGUGGCUUCUUCAUUUGAAGGCAUCACCCUGUGCCAAGAGAGUAUCACGAAUGCUUGUUACAAGUACCUUCAUGAAGCCAUGCUAAAGAAUGAAGCUGCAAAGCUACAGAUCAAUGAGGAACUUCAGAACUUUAACUUUGUCCUGGUGGAAAACACCUACGUAAAUUCAGCAAAAGUUGCUUUCCACCUGAAUUUUGAUGCGACUCCAUACCUCUACCAGCUCCCCAAUAAAUACAGGAACAAUUUUCGGGAGUUAUUUGAUAAGCUCGGAGUCCAGUCCUCUUUCACCGUUGAAGACUUUGCGAAGGUCCUUGAAGUUUUAAAAGAUGAAUGUGCCAGGAACCCCUUAAGUGAGACUAACUUUCAGCUUUGCCGAAGAAUCAUAAGCGAAGGAGUGUGGGGUCUGAUUCGGGAGAAAAAUCGAGACUUCUGUAAGAGAAAAUAUGGAAUGCUUCUGUUACCAGAUAGCGAAGCGUCCCUGGUUCCAGCCAAAUCUCUGUGUUACAAUGAUUGCCCUUGGAUCAGAGUCAGCGAUAAAACUGUGAAGUACUGUCACCCUGAUAUCCCGAGAGAGGUAGCUGUCAAACUUGGAGCACUUCCAAAGCGGCACAAAGCUCUGGAGCGCUACGCUUCCAAUAUUUGCUUUGCCCCACUCGGCAGUGAAUUCGGACAGAAAGAGAAACUGACCAGCAGGAUCAAGAGUAUUCUUAACGCUUACCCGUCUGAGAAAGAAAUGCUGAAAGAGCUGCUUCAAAAUGCAGAUGAUGCAAAAGCCACAGAGAUCUACUUUAUCUCUGACUCUAGAGACCAUCCAGGGGAUAGAAUCUUUGAUGAGAAGUGGGCACCCCUUCAGGGCCCUGCACUCUGUGUGUAUAAUAACCAGCCGUUCACGGAGGAUGAUAUUAGAGGGAUACAGAAUCUUGGUAGAGGGACAAAAGAAGGGAAUCCAGGUAAGACUGGGCAGUACGGGAUAGGAUUUAAUUCAGUGUAUCACAUUACAGAUUGCCCUGCCUUUAUCUCUGACAAUGACACACUGUGCAUAUUUGAUCCCCAUGCAAGAUACGCUCCAGGAUCCACCAAUGUUAGCCCAGGUCGCAUGUUUAGAGAUUUAGAUUCAGAUUUCCGAACCCAGUUUGCUGAUGUACUGAGUCCAUUUCUGGGUAAUCUUUUCAAAAUGGAAAAUGCAACUAUGUUUAGAUUCCCUAUACGGAAUUCUGAAAUGUCCAAAAUCUCGGAAAUCUCCCCGGUGCCGGUUUCAGAUAAGAUGGUCCAGAAUCUUCUGGACAAACUGCGUAGCGACGGGGCUGAACUCCUCAUGUUUCUAAAUCACAUGGAGAAAAUUUCCAUUUGUGACAUCGAGAAGACAACUGGCAACCUGAAAGUUUUGUAUUCUGUGAAGGCCAAGAUUACGGAGGGUGACAGGUUGAAACGCAAGCAGUUCCAUGCGUCUGUGCUCGACAGUGUGAAUAAAAGAAGACAGCUCGGUCAGAUACCAGUUCAACAAAUCACUUAUACUAUGGACAUUGAAGAUUCUGAGGGCAACCUCACAACCUGGCUGGUCUGCAACAGAUCGGGUUUCCCGAACAUGGACAAAGUUUCGAAGACAGUCAUAUCGGCUCAUAAAAAUGAAGACAUAACUCUGUUUCCUCGAGGAGGGGUUGCGGGUUGUAUUAGCCACAAUUACAAAAAGCCCUUUCGAGCUUUCUGCUUCUUACCACUGUCGCUGGAGACGGGACUGCCUAUCCAUGUGAACGGACACUUUGCCUUGGAUUCGGCCAGGAGAAAUCUGUGGCGGGAUGACAACGGUGUUGGAUUGCGCAGCGACUGGAACAAUAACCUCAUGACGGCGCUGAUAUCGCCGGCUUACGUGGAACUACUCGUUCAGAUACGGAAGCGCUACUUUCUUGGUUCUGACCCUACGAUAACUGUCCUCCAAAAUACACCCAAUCAUCUUUUGAAGGAUAUAGUAAAAAAAUAUCUGACCUUCUUCCCCGUCAACAAGCUUGACAUCCAGCCAGAUUGGUUCUGCCUCGUGCGGUCCCUUUACUGUUGCCUUCAUGAAGAUCUCAAGCGUCUGCUACCAGUGGUGCGGAUACCAAAUGCAGACAGUGGAGAAUUGCAUCCUACGAUUUUUAUUUCCUGGAUCAAUACAUCUCCUAAUCGAAACAGACCAUUCUUUGAUAAUUUGCUCCAAGAUGAACUGCAGCACAUGAAAAGCACGGAGUACAAUAUUGCAGUCCGCAAGACCAUAGCAGAAAAUGUUUACAGGCUCAAGAAUCUGCUGCUCGACAUAGGAUUUAACUUAGUAUACAGCUCCGAGGAGACUGCCAACAUUUAUCAUUGCUUUCAAGAAUCAGGGGUUCCAGUGGACUAUGUGGCACCUUCUGACGUCCGCGAGUUCUUACACUCUUUUACUUCCCCCGAUUCAAGCUGUCAUCUCGGAAAGCUGCCUUGUCGAUUGCAACAGACUAGCCUGAAGCUAUUCCACAACUUGAAGCUACUAGUUGACUACUGCUUCAAGGAUUCGGAAGAGAACGAGAUUAGAGUGGAAGGGCUCCCUCUGCUCAUUACCCUGGACAAUGUUUUGCAAGUUUUCGAUACCAAGCGCCUAAAGUUUCUGACGACCUACCAUGAUCUGAUCCCUUCCCGGAAGGACCUGUUCAUGAACACCCUUUAUAUGAAGUACAACAACAUUCUGCUCAACUGUGGGGUUGCAAAGGUUUUUGAUAUCAGUAGUUUUGCAGAGCUGCUGGCCUCCGUCCUGCCCAGGGAAUAUAGGACAAGGUCUGUUGUGAAAUGGAAGGACAAUUUUGGAAGUGAGUCUUGGCUGAAAAACUGCUGGCAUUUUAUUAGCGAUGCAAUUUCAGUCAAGGAAGGCCAGACGGAGAUUAGACCUACCUUUGAAACAAUUGUUGAAAUAUUAAAAGACUGGGCUUUGCUGCCUGGAACAAAAUUCACCGUCUCCAGUAAUCGAAUACUAGUACCAGAGACUGACGUUUUGGUGCCUCUCAGUUUAAUGCAUGUCCCUAUCUACCCAAAUGUUCAAAAUGACAAAGUCUUCAACACACUGAUGAAAGCUGGAUGCAUUCAGCUAACAGUGAGCAAAAUUUGCCCAAAAGAGCACAUUUUAGUCUCGCUGCUGGCUUCGCGUUUGGCAAAUGUUGAGAGCCCUAAGAGCAUCCUGAACUCUCUUGAGCACAUGAUCCGAGCAGCAACCCUCAGGAUGGAUCACCUAACGGACAGUGACUUUGACGUUCUUCUGAUGUAUUUCAACAGCAACUUGAAUCAGCUGACAAACCAGGAUGACAGCAAGGUCCUGAAGUCUUUGCCUUGCUUUAAGACCAUUAAUGGCAGCUACAUCAGCACUGCAAAAUACGGUUCGUGCUUUGUUCUGACAAAGAGCAUUCCAUCAGCUGAAAUAGACAAGUGGGCGCUUUCCAGUUCCUUUGCAUUUCUUGCUGACAACCCUCAUCUGAAGGAACUAUACACUUUUCUCGGGUGCACUCCUGUCGAUGACCUUGAGGUCUACUUGAAGUACUUACUUCCGAGGUUUGACAAUCUUUCUAAUGAAGCCAAGAUUGACCAUCUAGUCCACUUAAAGAAGAGGCUUUCCAACUUGGAUGAAGGUUCGACAAUCAGACACCAGCUCUUUGAAAAGCUUGAAGGUCUUGCAGUUAUUUCAGACUCCUUCAGCCGCCUCAAACCAGCAAAGAAUUUCUAUGACCGAACAGAGAAUGUUUUUGAAGUCAUGUUGGCGGAAAAUGCUUUCAUUCCUCAGGAUUUUUUUCGGAAGCUCGAGCAGGUGGAAAAGCCUAAAAACCGUGCAACAUUCCUCACGUCAUGGAUAACCUUCCUUAGGAAUAUAGGACUGAAACACACCAUCUCUCAGCAGCAGUUGCUACAGUUUGCCAAGGAGGUGGGAAUUCGGGCUCAGGCAGAGAAAUGGUCUAAGACGACAAUACAGAACAAGGUUGACGUUCUCUUAAAUCAUAUGUUUCAAGAGAGGAGUGACUUAUGCACGGGAAAUUUCCUUAAAGACCUGUCAUUGAUUCCCUUCAUCUACCCUGAACGUGCACCUGCAGAGCUGGUGAAACUGCACCUACAAUACCAAGAUGUAAAUGGGAUACUUCCUCUGAUCCGGUUCAGCGGGGCUGAGGUCAAUCCCAAAUUCAAGCAGACUGAUGUAAUGCAGCUUCUAUGGACAUCGUGCCCUAUCCUGCCCGAGAAGGCAACGCCUUCCACUAUUAAGGAGCAAGAAGGGAGCAACCUCGGAGCCCAAGAACAAGUAGAAGAAGUCUUGACAAUGCUAAACGUCAGCCUGGAUCCACCUCUGGACAAAGUCAUAAGUAACUGCAAAAACAUCUGUAGCAUUCCAUCUCCAGAUGAUGACAUGGUGAAAACCAGGGUUAAAGUGUUGAGGAGCACAUAUGAGUUUCUUAAUGCAGAAAAAAAAGACUUUCAACUAUUCCUCCGAGGGGUUGCAUUUGUUAUGGUUGAAGAUGGUUGGAAACUGCUGAAGCCUGAAGAGGUGGUGAUAAAUCUUGAGAAUGAGUCUGAUUUUAAACCUUACCUAUAUAAGCUGCCUUUAGACCUUGGCACCUUUCACCAUGUAUUUAAACUUCUGGGUACGGAAGAUGUUAUUUCAAUUAAGCAGUAUGUUGAGGUCCUGAGUCGUAUAUUUAAGAUAUCCGAAGGGAAGCAGCUGGAACCAAAUGAAAUGCGUACAGUCAAAAGGGUGGUUUCCGGUCUUUUUAAAAGCAUUCAGAAUGAACCGGUAAAGGUGAGGAACGACCUCGACAAUGUCCGAGAUUUAGGUCUUUACCUUCCCAGUCAUGAUGGGAGGUUAACAAAAUCCAACAUAUUGGUUUUUGAUGACGCACCGCAUUAUAAGAGCCGUAUGCAAGGUAAUGUGGGGGUUCAGAUGCUUGUGGAUCUGAGCCAGUGUUAUCUCAGUAAGGACCAUGCUUUCCAUACUAAGCUAAUCAUGCUGCUCCCUUCAAAGUUGAGGCCACGGCUCCUUAGCAGUAUCUUGGAAGAGAUUCUGGAUGAAGAAACGCCCAGGAUGUGUCAGUUUGGAGUACUGUGUUCACUGCAGGGACGCCUUCAGCUCCUGCUCUCCUCGGAACAGUUCAGCACUGCUCUCGUCCGGAUUAUGAAGCACGAGAAUGACAAUACCUACCUAGCCAAUGAGGAGAAAGCCACUCGACUGUGCAAAUCCUUGCGUGAGGGUUUGAAAGUUUCUUGUUUUGAGAAACUGCAGACCAGCCUACGAGUGAAAGGAUGCAACUCAAUCCCAAACAGCAAGAGCGAGACAUUGGCAUUCCUCAAAAGAUACGGAAACGCAGUGAUACACCUCUAUAUCCAGCACUCAGAGAGCAAGGAUAUCAAUUUCCUUUUGGCUCUAGCAAUGACCCUUAAAUCUGCUACUGACAACUUGAUCUCAGAUACCUCCUAUCUGAUAGCUGUGCUUGGCUGCAAUGAUAUUUAUAGAAUCAAUGAAAAGCUAGACAAUCUAGGAGUGAAGUAUGAUUCUUCCACUGAGCCUUCAAAACUUGAGCUGCCUCUGCCUGGGACACCUAUACCAGCUGAAAUCCAUCACCUGCUCCUCAUGGAUCCAUUGAAUGUCUUCUAUCCAGGAGAGUAUGUAGGUUAUCUUGUUGAUGCUGAAGGAGGUGAUAUAUAUGGUUCCUAUCAACCAACCUACACCUAUGCCAUCAUUGUUCAAGAAGUAGAAAGAGAAGGAGAUGAGAACUCUAGCUUUCUGGGAAAGUACUUCCAAAUUGACAUUGGUUACAGUGAGUAUAAAAUUGUGAGCUCCCUUGAUCUGUACAAAUUUUCUAGACCUGAUGAAAGCUCCCAAGGGAGAGACAGUACACCCACCACUCCGACAAGUCCCACGGAAUGCCAUUCGCCUGGGCCCAGGAUGGUUCCACCUCAUUUUCCUGGAAGAGAAAGCCACAGAACAUUACCUUCAAAGCACCACUCUCCAAAGAAGAUCAAGCUACAUUCUUUGCCUGAGAUCCUUCGAGAGGUGACAGCUGUAUUGGAGCAGGCUUGGAGGCUCCCAGAAUCAGAGAGGAAAAAGAUUAUAAGACGGCUGUAUCUCAAGUGGCACCCCGAUAAAAAUGCGGAGAACCUGGAGAUAGCAACGGAGGUUUUCAAGCACCUGCAAAAUGAAAUCAACAGGUUAGAAAAACAAGGUAUUGUAGGUCCUGAUUACACAGAUAGGACAACGAGAAGGACAUAUUCCUCCUCAUCUGCUCGCUUCCAGUCGGAGAAAUUUUCAUUUCAGAGAUUUUAUACAUCCUGGAAUCAGGAAGCAACAAGCCAUAAGUCUGAGAGGCAGCACUUUAAAGGAAGGUUUACUUCGACAUCGGGAUCUUCACACUCUUCGCGAUUCUUUGUGCCUCCGACCUUCAAAUCUGUGGGCAAUCCCAUCGAGGCACGAAGAUGGCUCAGACAAGCUCGAGCAAACUUCUCUGCCGCUAGGAAUGACCUCCAUAAAAAUGCCAAUGAGUGGGUGUGCUUCAAAUGCUACUCGGCAGCAAAGCUUGCUUUGAUAGCGGCUGAGUACUCGGUGAAGGGAAAGUCUGACAAGGAUGUCAGGCCGACUGCACUCGCACAUAAAGUAGAGGAAUACAGCCAUAGCCUGGCAGGGCUCGGAAAUGAUGUGAGCAUUUUGGAAGCUUAUGGUGUGGACGGAUUGAGAACCCAGUUUCCUGACCUCCUGCCUUUCCCUUUUAUUCCAAAUGACAAGUACACCACUGACGUUGCAAUGAGAGUGAUGGAGUGCACUGCUCGGAUCAUUAUAAAACUUGAAAAUUUCAUUCAGCAAAAACUAUAGGGUCACAUUCGGUUAUAUUAGUAAAUACCUUAACUCCCAUCAGGCAAAUAGUUCAAUGUCAUUUCACUCCCAUCCAUUCCAAGAGUCAGUGCAAUCAAAACCAUUUCAAAUUUGGAAUGCUAGAUCCUUGAGGUAAUCUACAGUUCAUUCCCCCUUUAACUUCUUCACUGAUGAAUGUUAAAGAACAUGAAACUAAUAGCACUCAAAAGAGAAACCUGCAACUGGGAAGCAUAGUGCCAUAUUACAAUGAUGAGGACAUUACUAAAAAGAGCAAAGUUUAAGGUUGGCAGUGCCAUCUUAAGCAAAGCAGUGUAUUACAAUUCCUUUAGAGCACAUCAUUCACUUCAAUAGUACUGAACAUAAUGUCCUUUUAAAGCAGCGAAAAUAUUUUUCUUUUCAAAAUAUACUUACUAAAUAGUCUUUGUUUUGCAA